GUGAUGGGGAGGAGUUAGGAAGAGCUUGUUUUCUAGGCUGUGAUGUGCACAUGGCCAUUGUUCUAUCAUGAAAGAUCUUCAAGAGGAGGGCUUCCUCAGGCUGUUUACGCCAAGCUCCUCAACUCAUCACAUCACUCUCCCAGUGGAGCAGCAAAGCCUCACAGAGGGAAUAGAUCCUGUAUCCAUCAGCGGUGCUUGGAGCAGAGCGUUGCCCUGGUGAUGCAACCGCCGAGUCUGAUUGGGCGUUGGCUGCUCUUGGUCUGCUGAGAUAAGUGCAUUUCAGUUUGGGUGGAGAGAGAAGUGGGUGGGGUUUUCAAGGCAGCGUGUAGAGAGAAAGAUGAAGAGGACUGGGGAGAACGAAAGUGCGAUGACAGGAAGUCUGGAUCUCUCAGCGUAGGUUUUCAUCUUCAUCACAGAACUGGGACUGAGGUGUAUUGUGGCCUGUUUUGCCUUCAAAGUGACCGUUUCCGUUCAAACUGAUUGAGAUCUGUGCUGGAAGAACAAAGAAUUGGUUUUAUAAUUAACUUCAGUCAUGCAAAAGGCAGGGACGGCCCCGUCCUCCCGGGGUCCAAGUGCUCCUGGGUCCCCAGCCACCUCUAUUGUGGCACGAAUGGACAAUCAGGUCAUUGGAUAUAAAGACUUGGCCGCCAUUCCCAAAGACAAAGCCAUUCUUGAGGUGGAACGGCCAGAUCUGAUGGUGUACGAGCCACAUUUCAAUAUCUCAGCCCUGGACCGUAUAGGUCUUUCCAGAAGCAGAGAGAGAUCAAUGUCCCCUCAUUCUGUCUCGCCCCCUCCGUCCCCUGAGAUAUUUGCCUCAAAAGAGUCAAAGGAGUGGUCAGAGCAGGGCUCUCCAGGAGGCUCCAACACGGGCUCCACGGUGCAGCUCCGCAAAAUCAGCCUCACCUCCAAAGGCCCCAUGCAGCACUUCCACAGGCCGGACAGCGGCACUAAUAUCUAUAAGAAGCCACCCAUUUACAAACACGACGGACAGACGGGACUGUCUCAUAGUAAACACGAUGUGAUCAUUGAGUCCUCCAAGUUCCCAGCAGCCCAACCGCCGGAUCCCAACCAACCUUCAAAGAUAGAGACUGAGUACUGGCCCUGUCCACCCUCUCUAGCCACUAUGGAGAUCGAGUGGCAGAAGAAGGCAGCCAAACAGGGAAAAGAAAUCGAGGACGAUGAGUUUGAGGACCUGACAGAAGAUGCAAAGAGACUCCAGGAACAGGAACUCCACAAGAUACAGUCCAACUUGGGCAAACUGAUCCUGAAGGAGGAGAUUGAGAAAUCAGUGCACAAUCGUAGAAAAACACGGUCCCUGCCAGAUGGGACAAACAUACAUUUGGGAUCAUCAGCCAGUGCUACUAAAUCUGCCUCUUUACCUCCUUGCAGUCGAACAGGUCUCACAAGGCUCCAGUCUGCCGACUUCACCUCCACAGACAAUGGAAAAGCAAAAACAGGUGUACAGAAUGACGAUACACAGAGUGGGAGAAUGGACAGAGGAAGCUCUCUUCCUAGUAUUCUGGAACAGAAGAUAUAUCCAUAUGAAAUGCUGGUUGUGACCCACAGAGGGCGCAGUAAGCUUCCUCCAGGUGUUGACAGGACAAGAUUAGAGCGGCAUCUGUCUCCAGAGGAAUUCCAGAGUUUAUUCGGAAUGUCCAUCGCAGAAUUUGAUUGUCUGUCACUAUGGAAACGGAACGACCUGAAGAAGAAAGUGUCCCUGUUCUAACAUUUGGACAUUUGGACUUGGACCCUGAACCCCUCUCCCUCCAGAGGCGCCAGUAAUAUUCACUCGAAUCUAAUACGGAUCCUAUGCAGACAUUUGAAGAUGAGUAAGGAAGAUGAAGAUGUUAUUUCAGCAGUCUCUGUGCAUCUCUGGUGUACAUAAUAAAGACAGGAUGAAGGUUCUAGCAUCCCUCAAGUAACUAAACAUGUGAAAAAUCAGAUUAUUAGUAACGAAUAUCGAUUUCAUAAACUGCUCCAGCCAUUUCUUUACGCCUUACGUCUAUUUCAAAUUCUUGAAGUGCCCAGAGAUGUUUAUAAUAAUAUAUAUAUAUUUACACAAAGUUAUCGUAAACAUCACCUUUUUUUUAUUGUCAUCUCUAUUACACUAUAAACUUAAUUUAUCGUAUCCCAAAAACAUAUUGCACUGUACAUAUAUCAUGUAAUUUUUAUUUAUUCUAGGUGUUGAUAUGUAAAAGUUCAGUUUUAAUAAUCACUAAAUGAAAAUUUCUAACAUUUAGCAAAAAUGAAAUGUCCAUCAUCAUUCAUUAAAAAAAUGCAUGGACACUAACUCCAUCCAUAACUAUUUUAUUCAGUUUUACAGAUAAAAGCACUGCAAUGUAUGACUUCUAUUCGUGCUAAUAGCAACAGUGUUAUAUUGUGGACUUCUAUGAAAUAUCUAUAGCUCAGGCUUGCUGGUAAUCUCUGGCGGUUCUUCGGUUCUCGUACACUGUUGGUGCUUCUUACAGUAGGUUGUAAUUACUGGACAACACUAGAAGUUUCAUGCAAAGCCACGUCAUUUACUUGGAUUUUAUGUGUCUUUUGUCGAUGCAUACUUGUGUUUUUACUGCCUUUAGUAGUUGGUCUCCAUUGCGGUGUCUUUUAAAAUGGCAAAGGUGUUAUCAAAUCAGGCAUUGCACGCUUACAAUGGAGACUGUCCAACGAUUAUGUGUCUGUUCAUAGUUCUGUGUUUCAUCACCGUUUUUGGUAACAUGGUGUAAUGGUGAAAAAAUAAAAGCUUCAUGUUAGAA